CGAGCCCUGAAUGCUGAUUGGCUGACAGCUGUGGUAUAUCAGACCGUAUACCACGGGUAUGACAAAACAUUUUGUUUUACUGCUCUACUUUAGUUGGUAAACAGUUUAUAAUAGCAGUAAGCCACCUCGGGGGUUUGUGAUAUAUGGCCAAUAUACCACGGCUAAGGGUUGUGUCCAGGCACUUUGCGUUGCAUCGUGCAUAAGAACAGUCCUUAGGCGUGGUAUAUUGGCCGUAUACCACACCACCUCGGGCCUUUUUGCUUAAUUAUACCAUGGCAAUGUUGAAUCGUUGUUUCUGAUUGGCUUGAAGGGCAUUCUAGAGUGUGUAUUAUUUCCCUAUAAUGCACAGUAUAUUUGCACGGUAGAAUUCAAUGGCUAUAGUUCAUUCGUACAUGUUCUAUGUUUGAGCUGAUUUUGAAAGAAGUCGAAUUGAAAACAUUAUUGGCAUUGUUGAAUUUGAUUUUAAUAAUGGCAAGCUAGGACUGAUGGUUUGGUUAGGUAAACUAGCAACCUAGGACUGAAACCAGUCCUAUCUGUGUAGCCAUUCACUUGCUUGCCUAGGACAUCAGAUAGCCUAAAUGUAGUUAGAUAGUGUAUGUGCAAACGCCACCCAUCCAGACUCAACAUAAUGAUACCGAAGUCAGUGGUGGUGUCCAUGUUAGCGUAACAACAGACAACAAGCAGCCUUCAGGUGAGCCCAGGUCCACGAUCAAGGAUUUCCUUAUCAAAAGGGCCUGAGUGACUUGGGAGAUCAGACCAGCAUGAUCAAUGACUACAGACUUCUCUCUAUGUUGCCCUGCUGAUGAUGAUGACGCACACAUGACUCUUCUAUCUAGUAGAACCAAUCAUGACAUGGAUGGAAGACUGAUUAUGUUACUGGUUUACAUUUAUGUACCAAAUAGCCUAGUAUUCCUGAUUGGCUGAUGUCAGAAAACCAGAAUGAUGAUCCCUGAGGAGUAGAGAUGAUUAAAACUUGGGCUACCAGUUUACAGUACUUUAAUUUCAUAACCAAUGUUUUUGAAGACAAACAAGUUCUUAUCUUUACAGUUACAGUAGAAAAUGACCCAGGCCUUCUGCACUGCAAAGAGAUUGGAUACUGCACUGAAAAAUCAGUAAUUAUUUUACAACUUGUUAAGAAAUAACUUAUCUAAAACAACAUCUGUCUCGGUUGUGUUUGCUUUAGCUUUCUCCGUGUCGUGUUUGAGCAGGUGUGUACACAGGGACUCUUUAGUGAUCGUGGAUAUGGGGAUAAUGAGAACUCCCUGGCCCCCCAUCACCCCCACAGGGAGCUAUUUGUGGUAUGGCCCGACCCAUUGACAGUGCUAAUGAGCCAAGGCAUUGAAUGUCUCCCACAGGGGGGGUGACUGAGAAAGAAGCUGUAUUGUGGUUCCCCUGGGUGAGAGUCGGAUUGGUGGUCGCUCAUAUAUAGUAGUUAGUAUGCAGGAGUACCAGUAUGUCUGUGUGAGGUUGGUAUCAUCAUUCUCAUUCAGACCCAUUCACAUGCAUAGAGUGUGUGGGAGAGCAAGAAGACCACACAACACACUCACCCUGUGUGAAUAUACAACCAUGAUUUACACAUGGACUGUCAGAGGUGACCUAAAAGCAGUGGGCUGGACCUGUGUGUUAGUCUAAGGCUUCCUGAUAUGAGUGCCCAGGACCCCCUGGUAACCCCGUAGCUGCACCCCUGCCUUCCCAUCACUCCCUCUAUCCAUCCCUUCCUCUUCUAAUAAAAGGCUUCCGGCUGUACGCCUGCCUGUACAGUAUAGGCCUUGUUCCCCACAGCAGACCCUGUACUGUACUGUGGCUGAUGAGAUAGGGAGGGGGAGAGAGAAAGGGAGGGGCUGAUGGCUAAUCCCUAUUGUCCAGUCAUGCACCAUUAAGCUAGAUGGGUGAUAUGAAUGAAGGGGACUGGGUCUGGCCCCUCUCUCCCUCCUCUCCCUCCCCCGUUCUGCCUCUCUCUUUCUGUCCCUGUCUCUCUGUGGAGGAAGUGACCUGCUUGUCUGGACAGGAAUCAGGUCACAGCCUCACAGUGGGAGAACCCUACCACCUCUCUCCCCCACAUGCAUGUUCACACACACACGCUGGGGCGCUCACACACUAAAUAAUAGGUUUCUUACAUUCCCUUAGAUGUAAUCAGCACACAACAGACACAGAUGUCAGAAAUAGUACCAAGUAAUCCUCAUAAAAAGGUAAUGAAAUCAGGCAUUCCUGAUUCAUCUGUAAAAAUCACUCGUUAGAGAGAUGGGAUGGAGAGGAGGCUCGGGGUCAGAUCGGGAUAAACGAGCUUGUAGGGGUAUGGGGAGAUAAGGGGAAGUGGAGGGGAUCCUUUGAAGAGGGAGUGCAGACUGGAGGGCUUCUUGGGGACAGGAGUGCAGAAAGAGAGCAAGAGAAAGGGUUCCUUUGCCUUUGAAAAGAGAGAGAAAGGGUUCCUUUGCCUUUGAAAAGAGAAAGGGUUCCUUUGCCUUUGAAAAGAGAAAGGGUUCCUUUGCCUUUGAAAAGAGCGAGAAAGGAAGGGAAAGGGGAUACCUAGUCAGUUGCACAACUGAAUCAUUCAACCCGAAGAGAGGGGAGAGGAGGUGUUCGUGACAUGAGGGGGACUCUUUUCCUCAUCUCAAGCUGUGGGGGCGGAAUGGCAAGUCAGGCUAAGGCUAAGUCAGGACAACACACACACCAAGAGAGCAUAACAUUCUGAACACACACGCAUACAGGUAACUGCCAAAAUAAUGGAAACACUUGAGUAAAUGAGGGAUAAAGUUAAUUGAAAGCCAGGUGCUUCCGCACAGGUGCGGUUCCUGAGUUAAUUAAUCAAUUAUCAUCUGAGCAGACCAAAUGCUGGGCAGGCCAUUAUUUUGGCUACGCCCCCAUAGGAUGACAAUGUCCCCAUCCACAGGGCACAAGUGGUCACUGAAUGGUUAGAUGAGCAUGAAAAUGAUGUAAACCAUAUGCCAUGGCCUUGUCAGUCACCAGAUCUCAACCUCAUUGAACACUUAUGGGAGAUUCUGGAGCGGCGCCUGAGACAGCGUUUUACAUCACCAUCAACAAGACACCAAAUGAUGGGGUUUCUCGUGGAAGAACGGUGUCACAUAUAUCCAUUAAAGUUCCAGACAUUUAGAAUCUAUGUCAAGGUGCAUUGUAACUGUUCCGGCUGGUGGUGGUCCAACGCCCUAUUAAGACACUUUAUGUUGGCGUUUCCUUUAUUUUGUCAGUUACCUGUAGAUUCACACACAAUCCUUGAUAUUCUUAACUCAGUCAUUACUACAGAACACUCACUCACUCACUCACAACACAUUGGAGCAAAUGAAAGUGAGUGGGUUUCAUAUCUAAUCCCAUCUCAAGCACUGUCCCACUCCCUUGUACCCCACGCCCUCCCCCCAUCGUUAACCCCCUGCUGGCCCACUCCCAUCCCUUCCCCCACCACUCUCCUAUUCAAAUGCAGACCAAGCCUACAGAGGUGACGUGUCACCGCCUGCCUAGUAUAAAUACACCAAUCCCCUCCCUGUCAUACAGACCAUCACCACAAACACCCAGACACUCUCUCCUGUGUGGAUUUCCUUUCCUCCUCCCGGGAUGAUGCCCGUUCCUGCACCACCUCCUUGCACCACCUCUAAGAGGACCUCUCCUCGUGCUCCUGCUCUCCUCGUGCUCCUGCUCCUCCUGCUUCCAGCUGGGCCUGGCUGGAGUGUCAGGCUGGAGGCAGGACCUGGAGCUGAGAGUGGACCAGAGGCUGGUACAGUUACCAGGACCAGGGUUAGAGCUGGGUCUAGAGUUAGAGCUGGGUUGGAGACUGCGGAUGAGGCCGUGGCUGAAGAUAGAGCUGGUGCUACCAUCCUGUCCGACAGCAGUGAAGGGCAGUGGGAGCCCCGGAGCUCCUCCCGUUGUGUGCCCAUCCCGGCGGGCAUGGCCCUCUGCCAGAACAUCGGCUACGCCACCAUGAGGAUGCCCAACCUGCUGGGGCACGAGUCGCCAGGCGAGGCCGUCCAGCAGAGUGCCAGCUGGCUGCCCCUGCUCGCCCGGGAGUGCCACCCCGACGCCCGCAUCUUCCUCUGCUCGCUGUUCGCACCCAUCUGUCUGGACAGGUUCGUCUCUCCAUGUCAGAGUCUGUGUGAGUCAGUGCGGGACAGCUGCGCGCCCAUCAUGGGUUGCUAUGGUUACCCCUGGCCAGAUAUCCUUCGCUGUGAGCAGUUUCCUGCCAACCACCUCAUGUGUAUCUCCUCUGUCACCAACACCAGCACCAGCACAGGAGGGCGCAGAGCAGUGCCCCAGGCUAGCUGUCGAGAUUGUGAGCUGGAGGAGGCCUCGUCUGCCAAGGACGUGCUGGAAACUUUCUGUAGGAGUGACUUUGUGGUGAAAUUGCGUCUCACGCAGCUAAAAUCCAGUCAGGUGAGUUUGGCCCAGUUCUCCCUGGCCUCUCGUCUGCAGGUUCUGAAGCACGGGCCUCUCCUGGGAGGACAGAUCCGCUCCCGCCUGCAGCUGUGGCUGGAGAGAGACGCCAGCUGUGUACGGAACAUGACGCGGCGUCAGCCUCGAGGCGGGACCUUCCUGGUGACGGGCACGGUGCAGGGGGAAUGGCUGGUGGUCAACAAGGCUUUUGCCUGGAACAAACACGCCAGGAACCUGAUGGCUGCAGCCCGCAAGUGGAAACAGCACCGAUGUAGAGGCUAGCAGGGGCUCUGGCUAGGAGCUGAACUUGAGGUCUGAAAUGGGUCUGAGCAGAUCUAUAGGCCUAGGUGUACAGAGUCAGGGAUGUGAUUAAAACACCAUAUAACAUCAGUAGAGAGAGAGGAGGUUGUUUGGGGGAGGGUACAUUUCUAUGAUAGACUUCCUGGAUUUUAAUCACAUCCUUGGAUAGCUGGAUGUUUCAGAGAGCACCAUCCUGAGCUCAGGAGAGGACGCUGCAAAGGACAAGACCUUCUGUGUGUCCUGCAAAUGUACAUAUCUAUAAAUUAUAAGUAAAUAUCACUGAUCUAUAUUUGUAAGAGGUUGACUGAAAUUAAA